UAUUUUUCAACGGCAAGUCAGUCCGAGGGAGCAAAAGGCAUUAGUUCAAUAAGUUCUGGUAAACUUUCCAAAUUAACAACUGAUAAACUUCCAUCAUUUAUUCGUCUUUUUCAUAGAGUUCAACCAUCAUCGUUAAUUUUUUCUACUUCCUUGUUCCAUUCUCCUUUGGAAACAAAACGAACCAAUAUUUGUGGAGAAUUAUUAUUAGAGGACAAAAUAUUAAGUAAUUUACG